CCCAAUUUUUCUACUUUUCUCCCUCGCAGCAGCUCCUCACUCCCUCUUAGAAGCUCUUUAAAUAUUUCUUUGUGAUAUUCAAUUGCUUCUCUGCCGCUGCGUUAUUUUGGUCUCUCGCUCAGAUUGAAGAACCAUGAGUUACCUAUUGACGACGCUAACGAAGAAGCAAGAGGUGGAUUCGAUCAUCAGAUCCACCAUCGACAAGGUCCUCGUCCUCCGCUUCGGCCGCGCUUCCGAUUCCGUCUCUCUUCUUCUCGACGACGUUCUCGCCAAAUCAGCCCGUGACGUCUCCAAGUUCGCAACCGUGGCACUCGUCGAUGUCGAUUCCGACGACGUUCAGGUCUACCUCCAUUACUUCGACAUCACUUUGAUUCCCUCCACCGUUUUCUUCUUCAACGCCCAUCAUAUGAAGAUGGAUUCCGGAACUGCUGAUCACACCAAAUGGAUCGGCGCGUUUCGGACGAAGCAGGACUUCAUUGAUGUCGUGGAGGCUAUUUUCAGAGGAGCAAUGAAAGGGAAGCUAAUUGUGAACUGCCCCUUGCCGCCGGAACGAAUUCCGAGAUACCAGUUGUACUAUAAGGAUGUCUAGAAUUUGCCAAAAUGUGAUGAACUAGAAGUAUGCUUUACUCGGUUUGCCUGAGGCAUGUCAAACUCUUAUGUUAAUAUGAUACUUAUGUCUGAGAGUUUUAUGGCCCAACCUCUUUACAUUGGUUCUUUGGGCUUUUGUUGAUUGGGUUUUGGAAUUUACGCCUGAUUAUUACCGAUUAGGAAUUUAGGAUUCCUGUAGUUAUGCUAUUUCCAAGGAAAAAAAGCAAAGCUGGGGAAAAAUGCGUAGAUAAGGAUUGAAUGUCACGAAACAGGAGAGGAAGGACUCUGAAAAGAGAGAGGGUCUUCCUGGUUCUUCUUCGUCAUUGCCCAUUUCACCCCAUUGCACAAAAAGCAGGACUUCAUUGAUAUUGUUGAGGCGGUUUCGAAGGAGGAAUGGAAGGCAAGCUAAUUGUGAAUUUCUCCUUGCGAACGUAACGGAUCCAGAAUACAAAUUGUUUUAUACGGUUUUAUAGUAGUAAUUGUGAGAAUAUAUGAUGAACUUCUAAGAUUGUACUUUUGUUAAUAUGAGAAAUAUAUUAUAAAGUUUAAUUGCUCAACCUUCUUCAA